CCAACCUUACCCAUCACAAUGUCAGAUACCGUGAAGCAAACCAAGAAGCAAAAGAAGGCUUUCAACUUCAAAGACAAAAAGGCCAAGAAGGAAGAGCCAGCCGAAGAGUCCAAGAAGAGAAAGCUUGAAGAAGCUACGGAAGUCCCAGCUGAAGUUGACCCAAAUGCGCCAAAGAAGCGCAAAACCAGAAGAGGCAAGAAGGGUAAGGGCGUGAACGGUGGCAGUGGACCGCGUUUCAUCCUCUUUGUCGGAAACUUGCCGUACGAUACCACCGAGGCGGAUCUCAUGGCGCACUUUAAGUCUUCAGAACCGUCGCGUAUCAGACUUAGAACCGACAAGGGCAUUGCCUUUGUGGAGUUCGACCAAGACACCGCCGAGGUCAGAAGCAAGAUGGACAUUGCGCUCAGCAGACACCACUCGACUUUGAAGCACCGCAAGAUCAAUGUCGAGUUGACCGUUGGGGGUGGUGGGAACUCUGAGGCCCGUGUGGCCAAACUCAAAGAAAAAAACCUCAAGCUUGACGACGAGAGAAGAACCAGAGUCGAGGAAAGCAAGAAGGAGGCCGCCGUCAAGAGAGCCAAAACCGAUGCCUUGAACAACAGUGGGAUCCAUCCAUCCCGUGCCAACCUCGUGGGCUAAGCGGACCAGCCUGUGUAUAGUAAUUUAUGUAUAUUAAGGAAUAUGAUACUAUGUUUGUAC